GGGAGAGACAGUGACCACAGCCAGAAGAGACACAUGGGAGAGACAAUGCUUGGGACAGUGGACGGCGGCAUAGACGGUCACCAGGUGCUGGAGACAUUACAGGUUCCCUUCAAGCAAUCAGAGGUGGCAUCGGUGACAAAGGGAUAUUGUGCUGGGUUCAGCAUGCUCACUGAGCCAGACGUUCCUCCGGAGUUUGAAAGAUCACCUGAAAAAACGCUUGUUCAUGGGGUGAAAUGAUCUUUGGUGAAGACACCUCAAUCAGCAGACUGUGCCUGUGCCCAGGAACAAUGAGUUUCUAGGAGGACGAGCGAUAACGGUAGCCAUUGCUCUUCCCAUACAGUAGAGGAUGUCUUCCAAGCGACCAGCCUCUCCGUAUGGGGAAGCAGAUGGAGAGGUAGCCAUGGUGACAAGCCGGCAGAAAAUGGAAGACGAGGAGAGUGGAGGCCUCGCAGCCUUUCACCUUCCCCUGCACGCCAGUUUCCCCAAUAAGACUCAGUCGGAGGAAUUUCAGGCAGUUUCUCUGUUGACGCAAGACACCUGCGACCACAGGAGUCCCACGUACCAACACAACUCAAUGGAUAUAGACGGCAAUAAGGCGGUCUCUUCAUUUGCCCCUCAAAACUCAGCUACCUCACCCCUGAAGGCAGAUGAAGGUGGGAGACAGAGCGGCGAAUCCUUGUCUAACACCGCAUUGGGGACCCCCGAAAGGCGAAAAGGUAGCUUAGCCGACGUGGUGGACACACUGAAGCAACGGAAAAUGGAGGAGCUGAUCAAAAGCGAACCAGAAGAAACACCCAGCAUUGAGAAGCUCCUGUCUAAGGACUGGAAGGACAAGCUCCUCGCUAUGGGAUCAGGGAACCUGGGCGACAUAAAAGGGACUCCAGAAAGCCUAGCGGAGAAGGAGCGCCAGCUCAUGGGAAUGAUAAACCAGCUCACCAGUCUGCGAGAACAGCUGCUGGCAGCGCAUGACGAGCAGAAAAAACUCGCCGCUUCACAGAUCGAGAAACAGCGGCAGCAGAUGGAACUGGCCAAACAGCAGCAAGAACAGAUUGCAAGACAACAGCAGCAGCUCCUGCAGCAGCAGCAUAAAAUCAACCUGCUCCAACAGCAAAUACAGGUCCAGGGUCAGCUGCCCCCCCUAAUGAUCCCAGUGUUCCCUCCCGACCAGAGGACGUUAGCAGCUGCUGCAGCCGCUCAGCAAGGCUUUCUCAUCCCUCCUGGAUUUAGCUAUAAGGCCGGAUGCAGUGACCCUUACCCUUUACAGCUGAUUCCAACCACCAUGGCAGCAGCUGCCGCCGCCGCCGCCACGCCGGGUAUAGGACCUCUUCAGCUACAGCAAUUUUAUGCCGCACAGCUCGCUGCCAUGCAGGUGUCUCCGGGGAACAAGAUGCCUGGUAUGCCGCAGGGGAACCUCGCUGCUAUGUCUCCAACAAGUAUGAACACAGAGAAGAGUACGAGCAGCCCGCCGCCCAAAACCAAGGAUGAUGUUGCACAGCCGCUGAACCUUUCUGCCAGGCCCAAGACAUCAGACAGAAAAUCACCCGCAUCACCCGCCUCACCGCACAUCCCAACGUCGAGGAUAAGCAGCGGGAUUAGUUCACACAAACCGUCCGUCUCCUACACGCUCGCCAGCCCGCCCGUCAGAGUUAAUUCUAUAGAUAUCCUCUCCUCCAUCACAUCAACGGGUUACUUAAACGACCACGACGCCGUGACCAAGGCAAUCCAAGAAGCGCGGCAGAUGAAGGAGCAGCUGAGGCGGGAGCAGCAGGUCCUGGAUGGGAAGGUGUCUGUCAACAGCCUUGGCCUGAACAACUGCCGGACAGAGAAGGAUAAAUCCUCGUUAGAAUGUCUGUCGCAGCAGCUCUCGGUGCGGCAGAGUGAUGAUGGGAAGCUCGGUCAUACCAUGAUGGACUUCAACUUAAGUGGAGACUCUGACGGAAGUGCUGGAGUGUCAGAAUCUAGAAUAUAUCGGGAGUCCCGAGGACGUGGAAGCAGCGAGCCGCAUAUUAAACGGCCAAUGAACGCCUUCAUGGUCUGGGCAAAAGACGAGCGCAGAAAAAUCCUUCAGGCUUUCCCCGAUAUGCAUAACUCAAACAUCAGCAAGAUAUUAGGAUCUCGCUGGAAAGCCAUGACAAAUCUAGAGAAGCAGCCAUACUAUGAGGAGCAGGCCCGACUCAGCAAGCAGCACCUGGAGAAGUAUCCGGACUACAAGUAUAAGCCACGGCCGAAACGCACAUGUCUCGUAGAUGGCAAAAAACUGAGGAUCGGUGAAUAUAAAGCGAUCAUGAGGAGCAGACGACAGGAGAUGAGACAGUAUUUUAAUGUUGGCCAACAAGCACAGAUCCCAAUCACCACGACGAGUGUUGUUUACCCAGGAGCCAUAGCUAUGGCAGGAAUGCCUUCACCCCACUUACCCUCUGAACAUUCGAGUGUCUCAAGUAGCCCUGAACCAGGCAUGCAAGUCAUCCAAAGCACUUACAGCUUAAAAGGAGAUGAACCUCACAUCAAGGUGGAAGCUCCAAACGUGGACAUCAAUGGUGAAAUAUAUGAUGAGUACGAUGAGGAGGACGACCCAGACGUGGAUUAUGGCAGUGACAGUGAACAUCACAGAACGGAGCAGACCAACUGAUACGGGAAGAGAGUGUGAACUUAUGUGGACUUCUUAAAGCCCAACCUAACUCGCCCGUAUCAGCGGCGCUACACAUACACUGACUGUUACUUUAAACUGUUCUCUAUCACAAGAUGGGACAUCGAUUGACAAACCAGUCAACCAAACCGGUUGAAAUGGAAGAGAAAAACAAGUGACAACAACAUUUCCACCAAAAGAAUGGGAUAAGCUAUGGGUAAAAUACAUGCCAGUAAAUCAGCUGCUUAGCACUGACGUCUUACCCUUCAAACUUUUUUUUUUCAUAUUAAAAAAAAAAAAAAAAUAUUAAAAAAACUUUAUGGCUGUUUGUUCGAAAAUGUUCUAGAAAUUCUCACUCAGGUACACAGUGCCAACAAGUGGCUUGUGAAUGUGUUUUGUCGUUUUGUGCUAAAGUUUAAAGAGGAAUAAGAUUUUUUUUUUUUUUUUUUACAAUUUUUUGGGUAAUGCACCUGACAAAAAGAUGCUCCUGGCCAACUCCUUCCCCUUUUAUAUAUCAGUGUUGUGGGCGGAUCCAAAGGACUGCCGCAUGUGGACACCUAACCUCCUUCAUCGAAUCUUCACCUGUUGCAUAUCAUGUUUUUUAGCAAGUGCCAAAUUUGUGCUGAAUAUUCUAAUGUUUUUGUCCGUCUUACAUUAGGACAGUGUUAUGUCUUAGACAAUCUCUUAUAAGAACUGACAAUUGACCAGCAGCUGGUAAGAGUGAUUUUUUUUUAUUUUUUAUUAUUUCUUUUCUUUUUUGAACAGAAACUGUAGUCACGGUUCUCAGGUGAGAAACACAAGAAACUAGAAAAAAAAAUAUUUUAUGACUUCAGUGUGAGUGUGAGCGUGUCUGGAGACUGAUGAUAUGUUUGUAUCAUGCUUAACAUGGGAUCAAAUCCCAUAUCCUACUUGUCACCAGACUUUAAGAAGCCUUUAAUGAAUAUUUUGCACUUCAAAUAUCUAGCGAAGAAAAGAAAAAAAAUUAGAUUUUGGGAAAUAAUAGCAAGUUUUUAAAUUGUAAAAACUUUUUAUAUAAAUAUAUUAGCUCUUAAAAUAUAUGUCUUAUUUGGCCACAAUAGUUUUUAGAGGGUUCUUCUUUUUUUUUUUUUUUUUUCUCUUUUUUCUUUAGACCUCGGUCAUUGCCAGAAAGAAGAGGCUUUGUAAAUAGAUAAAGAAAAAUAUAAACGUUAAUUUUUAUUCAUAGUAACACCCCAGACAAUUCUACAAACACUACUUAUCAUUGCCAUGUUUUUAAAUACCAAAAUAAGGAAUACACAGGCCCCUAUGUGCGCUAACCCAGAUGAAAUUUUUUGGGAUUCCAUGUCAUGAAUUUCUGCAACUUUUUGUAUCCUCCUGGAUUACAGCCAUUCUCUAUUCUGUAUGUAAAAAAAAAAAGGUUCCAAAACAACCAGGAAAAUGAUGCUGAAAUGUUCCCUACGCUCGGGUUCAGAAGUGCUGAAUAGUUACAACAUGUCUUGUAAGGAGUUUGUUGAGCAAAUUCCGAUCACACCUCACCAUGCCGCCCUCAUCCCACCCAACAGUUUUCCUGGAAACAAUUUUCUUCGAUUGACCUCUUUAAAUUAGGGAAAUUGCAUAAAUGUCAAUCUUUUGCCUGCUGGAUAAAAAUAAAAAUGAAAUCGUUUUGAGGAUAAUGAUGGAAUAGACUUGCUUCCUCUGGAAAAACCCUUCUAAUAAUUUAUAGAUUUGUUCUGCUUCUUCUAGUUGGAUAAUCAGCUUCCGCAGGUAGCGGCUUGUCAUUGUCAGGCUGCCCCUCGGAUAAAGCAAUGUAUCGUGCAUGUUGUUUUAUAUCUUUUCUAUUUGGAGGAUUGUAUCUUCAGUUUCUCGUUAGUGAUAUUAUAAGGAUUAAUGAUGUUAUGCGGUUCCUAAAUUAGUAAAUUAUGGCUAAUUUAUUUUAUUCCUGGUUAUUUUUUUUUUACUUAUUUUAUUCUGUUAUCAUUUGACAGUGCAGAAAAAAAAAACUGUCUAGAUAUUUGAAUUUCCUUUUCUAUUUCACAGCUUUUUUUUAACCCUCUACAAUCUACAAUGAUCGCUCUAUUUCAGGCAAUGUUGGAUUUUUUUUUAUGUAUAAACAGAACUUUGCUUAUAAUUUGCACCUUUCAUGCCAGCCGAACGGUAUUUCAUGGCAGUAUUGGCCAUUUCCAUAUCUAACGCUUUCUGGACAGAAAGACCUUUGUGUGUUUUCUGUCUUGUUUGCUGUAUUAUUCAUGUGCAGAAUGUGAAAAAAAAUAUUUUUAGAUUUAUUUUUAUUUUUUUUAGUUCUCAAUUUUUGUGACUCGUGCGUCUGUCUCACAUUCGCUGGAUGCUUUAAUUGCCGUCAUGUUAAAUGUGCUCUCUACGAAUAUGGGACUGUGGGCUACAAAAAUACUUUGUUUAAGCUCCAGGUAGUUGCCACCAAGGCGGCCACAGGAGAGGCCAAACAAAACAUGCAGCAACAGUUAUUCUUCUAUAGGGCUACAGAUCACGUCUUGGCCAUUCUCUGUGAUCCCUGUUUUUCUUGGCUGCAUUUUACGAUUUCUUGCCAGAAGUUAAUUUUGUUAAGAAACUUUGCCAGUAAGACUGGCACAUAAACAGCCAUGAACCCCGAGCAUCGAUUUUCCACUCACCUCCUUUUCUCUUGAAAAGUCAACAUUGACCUGACCAUUGGAGAGCAGUCAUUGUAUACUCCAGCUCACCAACUCUAUUGGGGAGGUUCUAUAAAAGUGGAGGAAGCCGAGCAACUCUGCAUUUUAUACACCUUGACCUAAGGAAAUUGUAUGAUUGGGGUAAAAAAAAAUACAUUUAUGUCAUGCUAUAAUUUUCUGAAUUCUUAUAAUUGCUAAGCCUUAAACAUUUUUUAAGUAAAAUACAUAUGCAGACUGAAAAUAUUACCCACAUGAAAAAUAAGUUACUAAACGCCAUCAAUAAUAUGUUAAAAUUACCAAAUUGACUAAAUAACACAUGCAUUAUCUGCAGGAUGGGAAAAUCCUCAAUAUUGUUCAAUCAAUUUCUUGUUAUACAUAAUGUAAUUAAUGACUGCAUCGUCCUGACCUGUGGGUGUUAGUGCCUUGGUGACAACCACAAUGAGUUUAUUGUAACUGUGUUGAUCGAUGCAUUUAGUCAGAAGUCAUUAAAAGUGUAACAACCCCCUCCCCCCCAUUCUCAAAAGUGGAUUGAAACAAAUAAUAGCCUUGGUCCCACAGAAAGAAAUAUAAUAGUCUUUAUUUUUCACAUAAAAUCUGUGAAAAGUAAUGACGUUUUAAGUAAAGUCUGAAAAUUUAUCUGCUGGUUUUGAAAAAAAAUCCAACAUUAUUCAUGUACCUUUAUCACUGCAAUUGGGUUAGCAAUAGCAAUUUUCUAUAUAAUUUUACCUCAGAGUGACUUUGUUUAGGGGCCUGUUCUGAAAAUGCUGACAUUUGUCUCUUGAAAAUUUUAUGUUUAAAAAAAAAAUUAUGUACAUUUUUGUUUUACCAUUAUUAUUAUUACACUUUAAUUAUCAUUAUUUAAUUUACUCUUUUUUUCUAUUAGAAUUGGGCUCUUGUUUAGGUUACUGGAGUUUUUUUUUCUCUUUGUGUCAUGUUUUCCAGUCUAUAUCUUUUUUUUGGGAUUCCCCUGUUCUGUGUCAGAUUAUAUAUGAACAUAUUAAAUACUGCGCUGAAUAAUGUUUUGUAAAUUCGAUUUAAAAGAAGUUGCAUAUGCAAAAAGAAAUGACAUGAAACGGUACAGAAUUAAUAAAGUGGCUGCCAUUAUAAAUUGUAAAGCAAAAUAAGUAUCCUUCCCCACACCUGACUUUAAUUCUCUGAUCAUCCAGAUAUUUCAUUACUUUCUUAUUUAUGUCUGAUUUUAUUUUAUUUUUAUUUUUUUUCAGAUUUUCUUGGUUAUAGCAUUUGAAAUAAAACAAAAAUCUUUUUGCAUUUUGUAUUUAUGUUAGGAAAAUAAAUAAUAAUAUUAAUGUACUUUUUGUAUUUGCAUUUUGGUUGCUGGCUGAUUUAGCAGUUUUACCCAUUAGUUCACUGAAAAAAAAAUUCUUUUGGGUGUAGACGAAAAAAGAAAUGACAAUCAAUGCCUGGAGCUCAAAGCAAAGUAUGUGCAAAUUACCAUCUCACUUGAAAUUUACUAAGAAAUAAGUAUGUAAAUAUAACAUAGAGUAAUAGAUUUAUAUUUUGUUCAUAACACAUAGUGUAAUAUAAGUUGUAUAUUUUCAUGUUUUUUUUGUUUAUCAGUCAUGCCACAAUAAUGGAAAAAAAGAGGAUUUAUUGUACUCUUAAAAAAAUGUGCGUUUCAGACAUCCUGGUUUCUGCGUUUCCCUUUUUCAGUAUUACUGCCCUGCAAGGCACCAAUAAAACAACAGAUGUGUUCAUAGCU